AUGGCUAAUUUGAAGGAUUUUCCAUCUUUUAGCCUUGGAUUGACUCGGGAGUUUGGACACGAUGUGUGGGGUGAUGUGUCUAAUAUUGCUAGGGUGAUUAAUGAAGGUCAUGAUGACCAUGGUGUGGGUGGUGGUAUUGGCCGGGAUGCGAAUAUUGAUCACAUUUCUGGAUCUCAACAUGGUGGUUGCUCAGGUGUUAAUGGUGAACAACAAGUUCAUGAUGGGGGUGUGGAUGGUGGUUUGGAUAUGGUUGUUCCUCGUGUGGGUUCCACAUUUGUUUGUCUUGCUCCACGCAAGGCAAAUAGACCAGCUCGUACUGUUUUGGGGUCAGUUCGUCGUAGUGGUGUCCACUCUAUUGCUUCCGUGCCUUCACUCGAUUUAUUGGAUGAUGUCAACUUUUUCAAGUGGGUGCUCAAGCAUGAGUUUUUAUUCCCUUACACUGGUCAAACUGUUAGUCGUAACGAUAUAUGUUCUUUGGCACCGUGGGCGGAGGUUUCUGUGGGUGUGAUUAUUGCUGGGUCCUGUAUAUUAACUUGUAGAGAACAUACCAACGAUCCAUCAACACCAACUAGGGUGUUUGCCUCUCCGUUCACCACUUUGAACACUACUGUGUUGUUCAAAAAAAUAGACAAGCUGAAGUUGACUAGGUUUUCGGAGGCUUUGGUGGCUGAUUUUGCACUUGGUCAUUAUAAAAUAUGGGGUCAUGUUCAUCUCCUUUUCUUUCCCAUCCUUCAACAAAAUCAUUUAUACCUCUUGUGUGUCGACUUCAAAUUCGAGCGGCUUGAAAUUAUUGAUAAUUCUGCUUCAACUCAGCCCACUCCGGUGAAGUAUGGUGAUACCCUAGAAAAUGUGAAACUGUUGUUGUCUGAAUGUUUCACAUCUGUUGGUGAGAAAUUCAAGUCAAUUGUUUGUGACAAUUUGAAGACUAAAAGGAUGCCGAUGACAUGGCGGGACACCAAGAAUAAGGUGGACUAUGGCAUGUAUCUUAUGCGGCACAUGGAGAGUUAUGUGAGUGAAGCCGUGAAGGUGUUGCAAAAUGGGAUUGUGGGCUUACUAGUGGUGACAGAUCGCAACUUUAGAGGCUACGUUUGCGUUAUAUGAAGGAGCAUUGAACACUUGAUAUAAGUGCACACCGUACCAGCAAUGUGGCUCAUGCGUUACGAUUUCUUUCCGGGCAUUAGUUUCCUUGUUGUUGUUUACUAGUCGUUUACUUUUGGGGGUCGUUGUUGGAUUUUCAUUACUAAUGUUUACUCACACUUUUGUUCUGUUUUCAACUACUUCAUUUCUAGUGUAACAGAUUUUUUCGUUCACCAACAGUGUUAUAGUUUUAUUAUUAUGCACGUAUUACUUUAGUUAUCA